UUUAAAAUUAUUAUUGAAUUUCCCAUCCACAAUUAAUUGUAUUAUGUUUUCCAUGCUUCAUUCAACUACCUUCACUAAAGAUUUGCAUCGGCCCUUUUAUUUUAUUCCUCCAGCUUUCUCUCUUCCACACUUACUCUCCCUCCUGCUCUUACGCUUUUCCUCUUAUGCUUUCGCCUGCUCUUACGUUUUCUCUCUUCACAUCAAUAAACCAUGGCAAACAUAAACGUCGAAACGUUCCUAUCAUACCUUUCUCUGACUGCGCCAUUGAUUCCCAAUCCCGUUACUGAUGUUGAUAUGCUGGUUAAUAAGCUUCGUCGAAAAUAUCGAACCUAUGUCAUUGAAUUUGACGUGGAGCAUGGUGCUGUUCAUCUUCCAAACAUGUUCAUGCAUGACUUUGGCGACCAGAUCGAUUUUAUUGCGACAUUGGUUGAUAGUGGACAUAAUCAGUUUGAGGUUUACGUCGAGAAGCACACCAGUGGCAUAUACCUUACAAGGGGAUGGUGUGCACUGCGUGAUUUCUACAAAAUCAAACUUGGUGCUUGGGUAACAAUGGUAUUUGUUGGAAAUGGCAGGUUUGAGAUAAGCUUGGAGGAUAGGGUUGGGGACAAGAUACAAAGUCCCAUGUUUAAUCCACCAAUGAACUUCGUUAUUGAUCGUUCAUGGCUGCCUUUCCAAAUGAUGGAUGCUGUUCCAACUGCUUAUGUGCAUUCUGAUAUUAGCUUCCUAUAUUCAUAUGAGAAGAAGUUGUCUGCUACUGAGUUGGAUUCUGGCUGGAUGGUUCUUGCUUUUUUCGGGUUUUGCAAGCAGACUUUGUGCAAGGGUACUACUUCAAUCAAUUUGGUGGAUGAGUGUGGGAACAAAUGGAUGUGCACGGUGGUCUACGGUACCAGGCCUUAUAAACACUUUAAGAUAGGUGGUGGAUGGAAGCGGAUGGUGGAUGCACGCAGACUUCGUAUAGGCUGCAUUGUUAAGCUUGGUGCACCUGCUGAUGGGAGCAACCAGAAAUUAUAUUUUAAGGUUAUUCGUCAUUAGUGUUACAGUGAAGACGGUGCUUGGGAGAUACAGUUAACUUUGGCAGUUUUUGUUUGAGUUUUGUAAAGCAUUAGUGUUUCUUAACGGUUGCUAGCCCUUUUCGUUUAGUUAUUAGUUUUUUGUACUAUGCCAUCAGAUUUGGUUUUAUUGUAGUUCUUGAACAUCUGAUUUAAUUUAAUGUCAUAUGGAGGAGAUUAUGUUUUCA